UUAUCACCGUCAAAGACGGCGGCGGAGCUCAUUCUACUCGGCCCAACUCAAAGGAGGGUGGUGUGAGUGUGACCGAGACUCCGAGAGAGAUCAGACGAGGAGAGAACGGAGCAGUAGAAGCAGCUCCGCCGCGUGCCGGAAGCCCCACCGGCGUAAGGGAUCGGAGCUACCCGCCUGCCGUUGGCAACACCAGUCAGCCGCCGCCGCCGCCUCGGGGCAGCAUGUACACGGCCGGCGCCACGGUCUGCCUGGCACCACCGGUCAGCUCGCUGCGCGCGGACGCCCGACGCCGGCUCAAGAUCGGCCCGCGCGCGGCGGCGUCGGCGAGGCGGUCCGACGGCCGGCGGCCUGAGCCGCCGGCGCGAGGCCCCGUCCAAGUCCACGGCGCGCCCAAGGGCGGCUCGCCGGCGAGGAGCACGGCCGCCAUGGCUGCCGGCGGCGGCGAGGUGAAGUACAUCCACAGCAAGGAGAGCACCAAGACGCUCCUCAAGAGCGAGGCCCUCUACGAGUACAUGCUCAACACGAUGGUGUACCCGCGGGAGAACGAGCACCUGCGCGAGCUCCGCCUCAUCACCGAGCAGCACACCUACGGGUUCAUGCUGUCGCCGCCGGACGAGGAGCAGCUGCUGUCGCUGCUGCUCAAGGUGAUGGGCGCCCGGAACACCAUCGAGGUCGGCGUCUUCACCGGCGGCUCCGUGCUCGCCACCGCGCUCGCCAUCCCCGACGACGGCAGGAUCGUGGCCAUCGACGUCAGCCGCGAGUACUUCGACCUCGGCCGGCCCGUCAUCGAGAAGGCCGGCGUCGCGCACAAGGUCGACUUCCGCGAGGGCCCCGCGCUGCCCAUCCUCGCCGACCUGCUCGCCGACGCGGGGAACGAGGGCGCGUUCGACUUCGCGUUCGUGGACGCGGACAAGGACAACUACGGCAACUACCACGAGCAGCUGCUGCGGCUGGUGCGCGUCGGCGGCGUGCUCGCCUACGACAACACGCUCUGGGGCGGCUCCGUGGCGCUGCCGGACGACGCGCCGCUGACGGAGGUCGACCGGGGGAUCCGGGAGGCGAUCAGGGCGUUCAACGCGAGGGUCGCCGCCGACGCGCGCGUCGAGGCCGUGCAGCUCCCCGUCGCCGACGGCAUCACGCUCUGCCGCCGCGUCGUCUGAGCGAGCUUGUAUUGUAGGGUUCCUUUUCUUGUGUGCGCGCUUCAGCGAGCAGAGUAUACUACAGUACUAUUACGAAAGAAUAAGGUAAACCUUGCUGUCCAUGUCCUUGCUUGAACAUCAAGCGGAAGCGGGCGUCUGGUCUGGUCCGCGCGCCUGCUCGCCGUAUCCAUCAUCUCUGUAAGAUUAUUUUAAUAUUUAAUGGCCAAUGUAAAUAAUGAAUUGAUUCUAAUAUUAAAGGUUUAGUAUAAUGGUUACUGAAUA